AUGCGCAUGCGGUGGUUGCUCCCAAACCCUAUCAAAACCCUUCCGAUUAUCAACAACAUCCGUUCAAUCUCAUUUCCAAGUUUCGUUCCUCACUCGCUUUCUUUCGAUUCAAGAUCGUCGUUUACAAUCCGAAUCCAAAUGGCAGCUAUUCAUCACCACAGCGAAGCUGGACUUGCGAAGCGUUUCUGGAUCAAGUUCAACCGCGAAUCAAUAUUUGCUCUCUUCACUCCUUUUGUCAUCUCUUUAGCAUCCGGUAACCUGAAGACCGAUUCCUUCCGUCAUUACAUCGCACAAGAUGUUCAUUUUCUUCGUUCUUUUGUUAAAGCGUAUGAGUUGGCAGAAGAGUGUGCUGACGAUGAUGAUGAUAAGCUUGGACUUUCUCAGUUGAGGAAGGAAGUCUUAGAGGAGCUGAAGAUGCACGACUCUCUGGUAAAGGAAUGGGGAUUGGACCUUGCCAAAGAGCAUGGUAUUAGUUCUGCAACAGUUAAGUAUACUGACUUCCUGUUGGCUACUGCCUCUGGAAAGAUUGAAGGAUUGAAAAGUUCUGGGAAACUCGCAACACCAUUUGAGAAAACCAAAAUUGCUGCUUAUACUCUAGGUGCCAUGAGUCCUUGCAUGAGGCUUUAUGCCUUUCUUGGUGAAAAGAUCAAGAAACUUCCAGUCUCCGAUGAUAAAACUCACCCGUAUAGCAAAUGGAUUGACAACUAUUCCUCUGAUGGUUUCCAGGCAUCUGCUUUGCAAACCGAAGAUUUGCUCGACAAGCUAAGUAUCUCUUUGACUGGCGAAGAACUCGACGUCAUUGAAAAGCUUUAUUAUCAGGCAAUGAAGCUUGAAAUAGACUUCUUCACUGCUCAACCACUCUUUCAGCCAACUAUAGUACCAUUGACUAAAGGACAUAACCCUGAAGAAGACCAUCUCAUGAUUUUUACCGAUUUUGAUUUAACAUGCACUGUUGUUGAUUCAUCUGCCAUCUUGGCAGAAAUGGCUAUAGUGACAGCACCAAAAUCUGACAAUCUGUCUGAAGAUCAAACAACUCGAAUGUUGUCUUCUGACCUCAGAAAUACAUGGGGUAUUCUAUCCAAACAGUAUACAGAAGAGUAUGAGCAAUGUGUCGAAAGCAUUAUGCCGACUUAUAGAUUGGUAUAUCUUGAUUAUAAAGGACUGUCUAAGGCACUUGAGCAACUCUCAGAAUUCGAGAAAUCGGCAAAUAAUAGGGUUGUCGAGUCAGGGGUUCUCAAGGGUAUAAAUAUAGAAGAUAUAAAGCGUGCUGGAGAGCGUUUGAUCCUUCAAGAUGGUUGCACUGACUUUUUUAAGAAAGUUGUUAAGAAUGAAAAUUUGAAUGCCAAUGUGCAUGUUCUUUCAUACUGCUGGUGUGGUGACCUCAUUAGGUCUGUUUUCUCUUCAGCUGAUUUAAAUGAGAUGGAUAUUCAUGCUAAUGAGUUCUGUUAUGAGGGUUCUGUUUCCACUGGUGAUAUUGUUAAGAAAGUGGAGUCUCCCAUUGACAAGGUCCAAGCUUUUCAUAAUAUAUUGAAAAGUCGCAACAAUGACAAGAAGAAAUUAACCAUUUACAUUGGAGAUUCUGUGGGUGAUUUACUUUGUCUACUUGAAGCAGAUGUAGGAAUUGUGGUUGGUUCUAGCUCAAGCCUUAGGAGAAUAGGGACAUAUUUUGGUGUUUUAUUUGUCCCGUUGUUUUCUGGCUUGGUUAAGAAACAGAAAGAAUAUAAUGAAGGAAGCUCCUCCAAUUGGAAGGGUUUAUCUGGCAUUCUUUACACAGUCUCUAGUUGGGCUGAAGUGCAUGCUUUUGUUUUGGGUUGCUAG